ACGUGCUCCUGGCGCUGGGGCGAGAGAGCGAGCGCCACUACCUCGGGUCCCGCAUCCCUUCUGCCGGCUGCCACCACUGCCUCCAUCGCUGCCACUAGCGCUCCAGCAGCAGCCAAGGCCGCUAUGAAAGCGCAGGAAGCUUGCAAGGAGCUGUUGGCCGGGGGCGCAAGGCUCCGGGAGCGCACCUGGUUUUGAAGACCAUGAUCACAUGGAUGCACCUAACUAAAUGCUACCUGGGGACAUGGUGGUUCUUUAGAGAACACAUCUAAAUUGCUAACUAAUUCCUUGGUGUACCACUCAACACAGGACAUCAUUUGAUUUUCACUAUCAGAAAUCUCCAAAUUUUUUCCACCAUGCUAUCUUUAUUAGCUUGAACUCCUUCCCUAAAAUGGUCCUUCUGUUGAUCCUGUCAGUCCUGCUUUUGAAAGAAGAUGUCCGUGGGAGCGCACAGUCCAGUGAGAGGAGGGUGGUGGCUCACAUGCCAGGUGACAUCAUUAUUGGAGCUCUUUUUUCUGUCCACCACCAGCCGACUGUGGACAAAGUUCAUGAGAGGAAGUGUGGGGCAGUCCGUGAGCAGUAUGGCAUCCAGAGAGUGGAGGCUAUGCUACAUACCUUGGAAAGAAUCAAUUCAGACCCCACACUCUUGCCCAACAUCACUCUUGGCUGUGAAAUAAGGGAUUCCUGCUGGCAUUCAGCUGUGGCCCUAGAGCAGAGUAUUGAGUUUAUAAGAGAUUCCCUCAUUUCUUCAGAAGAGGAGGAGGGCUUGGUACGCUGUGUGGAUGGCUCUUCCUCUUCUUUCCGCUCCAAGAAGCCUAUAGUAGGGGUCAUUGGGCCUGGCUCUAGUUCUGUGGCCAUUCAAGUCCAGAACUUGCUCCAGCUUUUCAACAUACCUCAGAUUGCUUACUCAGCAACAAGCAUGGAUCUGAGUGAUAAGACUUUGUUCAAGUACUUCAUGAGGGUUGUGCCUUCUGAUGCCCAGCAGGCACGAGCCAUGGUGGACAUAGUGAAGAGAUACAACUGGACAUAUGUGUCAGCAGUACACACAGAAGGCAACUAUGGUGAAAGUGGAAUGGAGGCUUUCAAAGAUAUGUCAGCCAAGGAAGGGAUUUGCAUUGCCCACUCUUACAAAAUCUACAGCAACGCAGGGGAGCAGAGCUUCGACAAGUUGCUGAAAAAGCUCAGAAGUCACUUGCCCAAGGCACGGGUGGUGGCCUGCUUCUGUGAGGGCAUGACAGUGAGAGGUCUGCUGAUGGCUAUGAGACGCCUGGGUCUUGCAGGAGAAUUUCUGCUUCUGGGCAGUGAUGGCUGGGCUGAUAGGUAUGAUGUGACAGAUGGAUAUCAGCGAGAAGCUGUUGGUGGAAUCACAAUCAAGCUCCAAUCUCCUGAUGUCAAGUGGUUUGAUGAUUACUAUCUGAAGCUCCGGCCAGAAACAAACCUCCGAAACCCUUGGUUUCAAGAAUUUUGGCAGCAUCGUUUUCAGUGCCAACUGGAAGGAUUUGCACAGGAGAACAGCAAAUACAACAAGACUUGCAAUAGUUCUCUGACCCUGAGAACACAUCAUGUUCAAGAUUCCAAAAUGGGAUUUGUGAUCAAUGCCAUCUAUUCCAUGGCCUAUGGACUACACAACAUGCAGAUGUCCCUCUGCCCAGGCUACGCAGGACUCUGUGAUGCAAUGAAGCCAAUUGACGGGCGAAAACUUUUGGACUCCCUGAUGAAAACCAAUUUUACUGGGGUUUCUGAAGAUAUGAUCCUAUUUGAUGAAAAUGGAGACUCUCCAGGAAGGACUCUGGUGAUCCGGAAGGGAGAAGUCAGCUGUUGUUGGACCUGCACRCCUUGUAAGGAGAAUGAGUACGUCUUUGAUGAGUACACCUGCAAAGCAUGCCAGCUGGGUUCCUGGCCCACUGAUGACCUGACAGGUUGUGAUUUGAUCCCAGUACAGUAUCUUCGGUGGGGUGACCCUGAGCCCAUUGCAGCUGUGGUGUUUGCCUGCCUCGGCCUGCUGGCCACCCUGUUUGUUACUGUAGUCUUCAUCAUUUAUCGUGAUACUCCAGUAGUCAAGUCCUCCAGCAGGGAACUCUGCUACAUUAUUCUUGCUGGUAUCUGCCUGGGCUAUUUAUGUACCUUCUGCCUCAUUGCGAAGCCCAAACAGAUUUAUUGCUAUCUUCAGAGAAUUGGCAUUGGUCUGUCUCCAGCCAUGAGCUACUCAGCCCUAGUAACCAAGACCAACCGCAUCGCGAGGAUCCUGGCUGGCAGCAAGAAGAAGAUCUGUACCAAAAAGCCCAGAUUCAUGAGUGCCUGUGCCCAGCUGGUGAUUGCUUUCAUUCUCAUAUGUAUCCAGUUGGGCAUUAUUGUGGCCCUUUUUAUAAUGGAGCCUCCUGAUAUAAUGCAUGACUAUCCAAGCAUUCGAGAAGUCUAUCUGAUUUGUAACACCACCAACCUGGGAGUUGUCACUCCUCUUGGAUACAAUGGAUUGUUGAUUCUGAGCUGUACCUUCUAUGCAUUCAAGACCAGGAAUGUUCCGGCUAACUUCAACGAGGCCAAGUAUAUCGCCUUCACAAUGUACACCACCUGCAUUAUAUGGCUGGCCUUUGUGCCAAUCUACUUUGGCAGCAACUACAAAAUCAUCACCAUGUGUUUCUCAGUUAGCCUCAGUGCCACAGUGGCUCUAGGCUGCAUGUUUGUGCCGAAGGUGUAUAUCAUUCUGGCCAAACCGGAGAGAAACGUGCGCAGCGCCUUCACCACGUCUACCGUGGUGCGCAUGCACGUAGGGGAUGGCAAGUCGUCCUCCGCAGCCAGCAGAUCCAGCAGCCUAGUCAACCUGUGGAAGAGGAGGGGCUCCUCUGGGGAAACCCUAAGGUAUAGCCAAAGCAGAGUGAGUUCAGGGAAAGCGGAAACCAAAUGCUUUAUCCCAAAUGGNAGUAUGGGGAAUGGUGGGAGAGCAACAAUGAGCAGCUCUAAUGGAAAAUCUGUCACRUGGGCCCAGAACGAGAAGAGUAGGGGACAGCACCUAUGGCAGYGGCUGUCGGUCCACAUCAACAAGAAAGAGAACCCCAACCAAACGGCCGUCAUCAAGCCCUUCCCCAAGAGCACGGAGAGCCGCGGGCUGGGCACCGGCGCGGGCAGCGCGGGCCCAGGGGCGUCUGGGGGCGUGGGUGGCUCGAGCUGUGCUAGCGCUAGCCCUGCAGGGGCUGAGCCCCCAGACGCGGGUGCCAAGGCGCUGUACGACGUGGCGGAGGCGGAAGAGCAGUUCCCUGCGCCAGCGCGGCCGCGCUCGCCGUCGCCCAUCAGCACGCUGAGCCACCGCGCGGGCUCGGCCAGCCGCACGGAAGACGACGUGCCCUCGCUGCAUUCGGAGCCCGCAGCGCGCAGCAGCUCCUCGCAGGGCUCGCUCAUGGAGCAGAUCAGCAGCGUGGUGACUSGCUUCACCGCCAAUAUCAGUGAGCUCAAUUCCAUGAUGCUGUCCACCGCUGCUCCUGGCCCCGGAGUGGGCGCUCCUCUCUGCUCGUYCUACCUGAUCCCCAAAGAGAUCCAACUGCCCACGACCAUGACCACGUUCGCCGAAAUCCAGCCUCUGCCCGCUAUAGAGGUCACUGGUGGCACGCAGCCCGCAGGGGGAGCCUCACCGGCAGGGGGCGCUACUCCAGAGACCCUGGCAGCAGUUCCUGAGGCGGCGGCAGGCAAGCCAGACCUGGAGGAGCUGGUGGCUCUCACCCCGCCGUCCCCUUUCAGAGACUCAGUGGACUCKGGGAGUACGACCCCCAACUCGCCAGUGUCUGAAUCAGCCCUCUGUAUACCAUCGUCUCCCAAAUAUGACACUCUUAUCAUAAGAGAUUACACUCAGAGUUCCUCGUCGUUGUGA